GUGUACAAGGGCUUGGAUAUCGUGACGGCGAAGGUGACGAAGGAGGAGCAGGCCCAAGCGGUGCACCACAUGAUCGACAUAAACGACCCCCUCAAAGAGUACACGGUGGUCGACUUUAGGAACAAAGCCCUCUCGAUCAUGGACAGUAUGAUAAAAAGUAAAAAGACGCCGAUCAUUGUGGGUGGCACCAACUACUACAUCGAGUCGUUGAUCUGGCAGACGCUCGUCGACAAUCCAAAACGAGCAGGCGGUGACGACGAGGACAGCGGACUCGACGAAUCGCUGAUCAAAGUUCGACGAAUCGACGGCUCGAGUAACGAGGAGCUGCACAAAAAAUUGAUGCAAGUCGAUCCGGACAUGGCGCUGCGCGUCCACCCCAACAACAGGCGAAAAGUCAUCAGGUCCCUGGAGAUCUUCGAGCAGCACGGCGUCACGCACUCGGAAAUCCUGAGGCAGCAGCGAUUGGCCGCCGGCUGCAGUCUGGGCGGCCCCCUGCGAUACGACAACUCGAUUAUCUUCUGGCUGACUUGUGAGAAGGAAGUACUGGACAAGCGCAUAGACGCCCGGGUCGACUCGAUGAUGGACAAGGGAUUGGUACAGGAGCUACUCGACUUUCACGAACUGUACAACAAGGAUCGUCUCAAGAAGAAUGAGGAAGCUGACUACACGAAAGGCAUAUUCCAGAGCAUCGGCUUCAAGGAGUUUCACAACUACCUGAUCCUGUCAAAGGAGGAACGGGACGACGAAAAGGGCGAGAAGCUGCUGCAACAAUCCAUCGAGGAGUUGAAACGAGCCACGAGGAAGUACGCCAGGAGACAGCACAAGUGGGUGAGGAACAGGCUCGUACGAAGGGCCGACAGGCAGGUGCCGCCCCUGUACUCGCUGGACAGUACGGAUGUGGGGCAAUGGGAGAGCGAGGUCUACGGGAAAGCGGUGGACAUCGUCUCGGCGUAUCUGGACGGCCGCGCGCCCAGCCAGCCGGCGCUCAACAGCGUCAUCACCGACACGCGAAUCGCUGACAACAGCACCGAGACCAGCCAGUACUGCGAGGUUUGCCAGAGGAUUUUCAUCGGCGCGCAGUGGAACGAGCACUUGCAAGGAGCCAAGCAUAUGAAGGCUGUUCGGCGUAGAAGGAGACAGGAAGAGGCCAAUGAAUAUAGAGAGGCUGUCGAGAUUGAAGGGAAGGAUGAACGAGCCGCGUCCGUCGAGGCGGAGGCGUGAUGAUUUAUCGUCGGGCCAAUUGUACAGAUCACAAGUUGCAUUUCUGCGUUUUUGUAUAAAAUUUGCAUUUAUUUUUUGCCUUUUUUUUUAUAA